UCUCAGGGCGUUCGUUCAGCCGCGAGUAGUAAAUCACCAAUUGUCGUGACUCGCGUGUUGACAGGUUUUCAAGCAUCGCAGUUCGCACGGAUUCUGUUUUACGUCUGCCAGAUCCUCCGUACCAUGUUUUAUUGCAUUCUCUGCUCGUAUCGACGCUAUCUCUUCUACUCCCAGAAUAAUAUUUCUCGAACGUCGUAGACGUUAACCGCCAAAACGCGUAUUUAGAACAUUUCCGCGCAGUGAUUUUUUCCAAGUAAUGUACAUACGUCAUUGCAAGGGGAGUACUUUUCCCAUUCACGUCCAAUGAUUCACUAAAAAAAGUCAUCUAUCUGUGACAUUUGGAUUAUUGUUCCACUUCGCAAUGGCAUCUCGUAAGAAAGUGCUGCUUAAAGUGAUUAUCCUUGGAGAUUCAGGAGUCGGUAAAACUUCUCUCAUGAACCAAUAUGUAAGCAAGAAAUUUAGCAAUCAAUACAAAGCCACCAUAGGUGCAGAUUUUCUUACCAAAGAAGUAAUGGUAGACGAUAGGAUAGUUACUAUGCAGAUUUGGGAUACAGCUGGCCAAGAAAGGUUUCAGUCUCUAGGCGUUGCAUUCUACAGAGGUGCCGAUUGCUGUGUACUCGUGUUCGACGUUUCUGCACCAAGUAGCUUCAAAUCUUUAGACUCAUGGAGAGACGAAUUUCUGAUCCAAGCCUCUCCUCGAGACCCAGAUAAUUUCCCGUUCGUUGUACUUGGAAAUAAAGUUGAUCUGGAGUCCAAAGUGGUUUCUAGUAAGAGAGCGCAACAAUGGUGUCAAUCUAAAAAUAAUAUUCCAUAUUUCGAAACUAGUGCUAAAGAAGCCAUUAACGUUGAGCAAGCCUUCCAAACGAUAGCGAAGAACGCUUUAGCUCAAGAAAGCGAGGUGGAAUUAUAUAACGAAUUCCCGGACCAAAUUAAACUCACUAACGACCAAAGAACCAACGGCAAGGGUGAUUCUUGUGCCUGCUAGGUCUUGGAGUGGUGGACGUUUUGGACAAGCACAUAGAUGCACAGGUCAUAUCGUACGUUCGCGUACCUGCGCAUUUUUCAAAAAUACCACGUCGAGCUCGGUGCGAAGUUCUAAGUAUGCCCCUUGGUUCUUUAAACGAAUUUCACUCGAACUAAUUUUAAGGCAUGUUUAUUCAUUUUUAUUCGAUUUGUGUGAAACUCUCAGAUAGACGUACAUGUACAUAUAAAAAUGGAUUUUAAACGAUACAUUCUUUUUUUCUACCAAGGAGCAUCCGCUUAACUUCCUCGCAUAAGAGAUUUUAUCGUAUUUUGUAAUCGUGUGUCCGCGCUCUGCUCGGCUCUCUGGACGAGCGUCCGGAUGGUCGGGCGAUACGUUCAACAAAGUGGUUUUCGAGAACUGCGAUGCUCUCUCAUUGGUAUGGCGAACAGUAUGAGCUGCCCUUUUUAAUUGCAUCUUUACAACUCAUUGUUAAUGUCCCUCGUGGCUGAGCGAUGCUCGCAUAGACACGAACAACCGAUUAUGUCGGGAGGAAGAUUUCAUGGGUCGGGAACACACUUAGCGUAACAAUUAGAGUCAUCGCGGAGUUGCUCAUAAAUUCAUUAAGUACAAUCGCAUUUAUCGAGAAGCUCUAGAAAACUGAUACGUCGGUUAGACACGCGUCCUCUCGGACGUAGCUUCUUACAAACGAUACAUGGGUAACUUUAUAAAUGGAAUUUUUGUUUCAUUGAAAUUUUACGGUCAUUCUACUACCUCUGGAUUUGUUUGAUAAUACAGCAAACCUUAAGUAUCGUGCGGUACAUCUAGCUCGGGUAGCCGCGACUUUCCCCGGAACAGUUAUGCAUACUAUUCGCGCAAAUUCGAACGGUAAAAUUUGUUUAACGAGAUGAUAACGACGUAACGUGUUUGCGUCUCCGUCGGAACAGGAUUAGGUUAGGUUGAUACUUGGCGUCUCUGUCUGAAAAGGCUAGUCCGUCUUCGAGGAAAAGAUAUUCCCUUAUAGCUAGACAAUCGGAUAAUUUCUUAUUUGGUCAUACGAUAUUACGUUAAUAGUACUGUCAAAAUUCUCCCCAAAGUGAAAGUCUCGAGCCGCGAUGGAAUAAUCUUACUACCUUUCCACGAUGUAAGAUACAUUUAUUCUCUGCUGAUUAUCAUAUGAAAUUCGCGGUUUUUGCAUUGAACAUAUCAUGCAAUCUAUAGAGGCUGUUCGGUGAAUUAAAUCUUGUUAUUUCGUAUGUCACGGGAUGCAUAAUAAUUUGCAAGAUCGUUGGAUGCGAUGGUUUUUAUAUAGCAAUUUAUUAUACCGUAUCGAAGCGUGAAAGGAAUGAAAGGAUUUAUGAAGAUAGAUCUGUUUGCAAUAACGAAGUACGCGGUGCUGACGAUCACUUCCGAAAAGAAAAAAGAAAAAAACGAUGUUUCUCAUUUUAAAUCUAAGCCACGAUCCUGGAGAUAUAAUAAAUGUGGAGCUGAAAAUAUUGCGCGAGCUCUGAAUCGAUACAUACCUAUAAGAUUUCUUAUGAGAAAGAAGGUUUAGCGCGUGUAAUAUAUGCGUACACAUACGAUUAAUAAUAAUAAUAAUAAUAAUAAUCCUGCACGCUGGAAAACGUGUGUGCGCGUCAUAUAUAUGCACGCACGUAAUUAUACAUGUAUAUAAACGAUGAUGAUCAUGACGAUUACAACUAUAAUUAUUAAUAUAAUUUUAUCGAAAUAUGUUAACGAUAGAUAUAUAUAUAUAUUAUAAAUAUUAUCAUUAUUGCCGCUGCUGCUGCUAUAAAGCUACUAUCGCUACUCUUAGUUGUAAGUGAACUAAAACAAAAAAAAACGGUAAAAUAAAGUAAGAAGGAGAAAUACAUUUAUUGCAAAAAAAGAAAAUCACGAGAUGGUCGAAUUAAUUCGCUGAUGUAUCUGUGCCACGGAUGACCUGGAACGGUCACCUGGGACAGGAAAAAAUAUGAGAAAAAAAUUACAGGACUAUCAUUAUCCCUAUUAUUAUGGUUCGAUGUCUAUAUUGUUAUUAAUUGAGAUGGAUGUCUGUUGAGAUAGAUAGUAAAUUUAGCAGAACCCUGUACGAAAUAGCGUAAGGUUAACGUAUAACUCAAAUAUAGCACCGAUUUAUUAACUGUGAAACAAAAUGAAAAAUAUGCCUGUUUUCAAGUAAGGGAAAAACAAAUUAAGAGAGAGAGUAGCCUGUAACACGAGAAGUAGUCUUAUUCAACAAUUUCACCAUUAUUGUUACGUUCCGACCGAUGUAUAAAUUGAAAUAUUUACUUCUUGUACGAAUGUAAGAAAGUAUUCGUUUCUACAUAA